AUGGCAUUGUGGACCCAGCGCCAAAGCCUUCUGUGCAUCAUUAUUGACGAUCCGUUGUUCUACGUGGACACCUGUGAGAUUUUUGUCGCGCUGGUGCCCAAGGCUUUACACAACAAUCUCGGAUUCGAGUGCAGCUACCGGGCUUGGCUGAAGAGAGGUUGGUGUCGGACAGAGAUGUGGUGCAAAUUGCUUUCCGACAAAAGCAGCAUUCCAAUCGUAGUAAUCUCCGGCAGCGAGAAGGCGGAGUUUAUCAGCCCGGUGCGUUGGGUGCACAAUCCCGUUCACCAGGGCGAUUUCACCGUGGAGGAAGAUCGCGCAUCAUGCAACGAGAUUGUGCGUGCCGCCCUGGAUGUCAAGCUGCGCGGCCUGCGCAACGAUCCGAAGAAGCUGGAUCUCUACAGGUACUACACAUCUCGCUACGAGGACUUCUGCGGCCUACAAACGUGCAGACGGAGCUUAGGAGAGUUCCUGACUCGAUUUCAGUUCCCGAACCUGAUGGCUGCCAUCAAGCAGAAGUCAGGCAUGGGCGCGGUUGCCUGCGCAGUUGGAUCUGGUGAUACUGAGAUGAUUUCGAGCAUGGUGCAAGCUGGGGCCCCCAUGGAGACCAGGUUCUCGGACAUGCCAGAAGUCGACCUCUGGGCCGGUUUCACGCCGCUAUUCCUGGCUGCCAUGCGCGCGUUUCGCUCUGAAGAUACUCUUCUCCAGCUCCUGCGGCUCCGAGCGGAUCCCAACGCGACCUGCAAGAUGGGGACCGUGGCCGUCGGGACCUGCUACACGGCCUCGGCUGUGAGUCUGAUGGUUGAGCACCGAGCUGAAGUCAAUCUUUGCAAGCCUCCGUCGAUGUGCUCACCGCUGGCAACGCUCGCUGGUCGUGGCGCACAACCCGAGGCUGUCGCUACUCUCAUUGCCUUGCGAGCAGAGGUGAAUUGCAAAGGAUGCACGCCCUUGACCACCUUGGCGUUCAUGUUCCAGGGGCACACGCAUGCACUGGAUACAGCCCAAGUUCUUCUCGAUGCCAAGGCGGACGUGAAUUUGCCUCCGACGACCAGCACGCCCUUCCGGGUUCUGGAGCAGAUGGCUCGGGCAUAUUCCGCCGUAUCCAAGGAGCCUCCGUUUCUGGUGAAGUUCUUCUCGAACUCCAGCAGCACGCCUUUGGGCUAUGCAUCACUAUGCGGCAACGUUGAAUAUGUCGACUUCCUCCUGCGUGCCCGAGCGGACCCCCAGAAACGGAACCGACAUGGCCGCACGCCAUUGGAGCUGGCCAAGUUCGACGACGUUGGCCGGUCAUUUGAGCGAAAUGGAGAGCAUCCCAUCAACCAGCUCUUCGACGUGAACUCCCUCACUGCCGAGCUCUUGGAAGAACGGUUCAUCGACGAACUCGUGGAAGUGAUAUUCUGA